AUGGAGUUCAUCACGUUACAAAUGGAAAACGCUGGUUUCCAACCGAGUGGUGAAGAGAUAGAGCGCGCGCUCAUGGAUCUUGGGCCACUGCUCGGUGUUACAAUUAAAGAGGAAGCGCCCGACGAGUUACCUGAUGGAGCAGCCGGGGCCGCUCCUGCACCAGCACCUAAUGUUAAUGUGGGCAGCGCGGCUGGUGAUGGCGAGGGCGAGGGUGAGGCGGAGGGCGGGGAGGGCGCCGAUGGAGAGAACAAGGCGGAGGGCGAAGGUGCCGACUCGCUGGCGUCUCCGCGAUCUGGCCUCGGUGCACGCUGCGUGCUGUGCCGUGUGGCGCUGGCGCACGCCGAGGGCACGCCCAAGCUCAUGGAGUGCCUGCACUCCGCCUGUGAGCCGUGCCUCAAGUCCAAGCUCGACGAGAAGCUCUCCGCCAACCGCGACUUCCUAGGAGCGGCUCGUGUGACGAUCACGUGCCCGGCGUGCCGGUUGCAGUGCCAGCCCGCUAACAUGAUCGACCAGCGCUUCGUGCUUGAGAAGAUGGCCAUCGAGCAGGCCGGCAACAACGGCGGAGUAGCGGGCGAGCAGCAGUGCAACAGCUGCGAGGACACGGAGCCCGCCACCAGCUACUGCGUGGACUGCGCAGAGUUUAUCUGCGACAACUGCGUCAGUGCGCAUCAGAGGCUGAAGAUCACGAAGGAUCACAGCAUCAAGUCGCGCGAGGAGGCGCUGCAGGAGCUGCAGGCGGCGCAGGGCGGCGCACGCCAGGCGCACGACAUGUUCUGCCGCGACCACCCACAGGAGAGGCUGAGCCUGUUCUGCGAGACGUGCGACCGGCUGACUUGCCGCGACUGCCAGCUGCAGCACCACCGCGACCACAAGUACCAGUUCAGCACCGAGAUGGCCGCGCAGGCGCGGGCCAGCAUCUCGGCGCUGCUGUCGGAGGUGAGCUACAAGCGCGUGCUGCUGGGCUCCGCCAUGAAGGUCAUCCGCGACCGCCAGCACCUCAUCGCCGAGAAGAAGAAGGCGCUCGUGCACGAGAUCACACAGACCGUUGUCAAGCUGACGAACGCGAUCAACACGCGCGGCAAGCAGCUGGUGCUGCGUCUGAACGAGGUGUGCGACGGCAAGCAGCGCACGCUCGCCGAGAAGAAGCAGGCGCUCGAGCAGCUCGCCGCCAUCACCGACCACUGCGUGCGCUUCGUCAACGCCGCGCUCGAGCAGGGCAGCGACACGGCGGUGCUGUACAGCAAGCGCGCAGUGUGCGCGCAUCUGCAGCGCAUCAAGAGCCGCCGCGCUGACAUCCCCAACCCCGAGAUACCCGUGCGCAUCAGCCUGGCGCUCGACAAGCUGCCCGACCUGGUGCGAGUGUUGUCAACGAUCGGCGCGAUCGUGGUGGACGGUAAGGUGGACGGCGGUGCACAGGGACCCUACCACCCGCCCGCCGCCACUCCACCUGCGCAGCAGCAGCACCAGCAGCAACAACUCCAACAGCAGAACCAUCAACAGCAGCAGCAGAACCAUCAGCAGCAGCAGCACCUGCAGCAACUGCAGCAGCAGCGGCCGCCGCAGCACCCUACGCCGCCGCAGUCCGCCGUAGUGGCGCUGCAGCAGGUCGCCAUGCACCAGCAGUCGUACGUGCAGGCGGCUAGCGGUGCGAUGGGCGGCGCGUUGGGCGGGGCACUGGGCGGCGCGAUGGGCGGAGCUCUGGGGCGCGGGCGCGCGCACACGCCGCUGCGGCACGCGCACGUCACGUCCACCACGCACCCGCACCACCUACACGGCAUGAGCGAGAUGAAUCUCCGUGGACUGCUUAACGCGGGCGGGCAGCGACGCGCGCUCGCACUGCCUCAGGCACAGGCACAGGCGCACAGGCGCAGGCGCAGGCGCACGCCAUACACGCCUACCAGCACAGUGAGUGCGCACGUGAUGGGCGCGUACGGGUACGGCGGCGCUUCGGGAGCAGCGGGUGGCGGGGCGGUGGGCGGGGCGGGCGGCGUCGCAUGCAGCGGGCGGCGCAGCGUGGGUCCGCGCACGCCGUCGCCCGCGCCGCCCUACGCGCCGCCGCCCGCCCCACCCGCGGUUCCCGCCCCGCACACGCCGCACGCGGCCAAGUGGCACAUCCCGCAGCACCAGCUAGCCAACGGCCUGUUCGAGGGCGGGGCAGCGGGCGUGGGCGCGGGCGGCGGGAUGGGCGGCGGGGCGGGGAGGGGCGCGGAGUUCAAGAUCACGCUGAGCCGCCAGCACGCGCCGCGCCCGCCGCAUGCCCCGCCGCCCGUCGUCACCUCUACCAACCCCAAGACGCCCAGCCCCAGCCUCAACGGCGGUGUGUCCCUGGAGCUGGACAAGGUGUGCGCGGAGUCGGUGCAGGACCUGAUGGCUACCAUCGCCAAGCUGGACUCGAACGGUGUGCAGGUGGUGGCAGAGUCGCCGUCGCCCGCGCAGCACGUGCACUCCUCCACCGACGCGGACCUGCCCGCACACGCAAACGCACACACUGCAGCCACAGCGCACCCAGGAAAACCGUUGGCGAGCUCGGGCACGGGCAGCGGCGACCCCAACGAGGACUGGUGCGCCGUGUGCAUGGACGGCGGCGAGCUCAUGUGCUGCGACAAGUGCCCCAAGGUCUUCCACCAGUACUGCCACAUACCCACCAUCGAGAAGCUGCCCGAUGAGACGGAGACUUGGCAGUGUCUCCUGUGCGUAAACUUCGCGGAGCUGCCUCCGGAGAGCGAAGACGACCUGGUCCCUGGGGUUUUGAGCCCGCGUCAGCAGCAGCUAGUGGAGCGCAUCACGCUGGAGCUGUAUUGCCAGUACGAGCUCAGCCUGCCCUUCCGCGAGCCCGUGCCGCACCACAACUUGCACUACCACUCCAAGAUCACGCGGCCGAUGUGCCUGGACAUGAUCCGCAUGAAGCUGCAGCCGCGCAGCGAGGCGCGCUACUCGCACGUGGCGCACUUCGUGGCCGACUGCCGCCUGCUGUUCCGCAACGCAUACCACUACAACCCGCCGGAUUCCCAAAUAUAUAAGGACGCAAAGAGGCUAGAGGAGUUCUUCGACGCUCAGCUGCUGAAGUGGCUGCCGGAGUUCGCUUACUGGAGUGGAGAAGGGGAGCCGCCCGCCAAGAGAGCCCGCCUUGAAUGA